GAUUACAGAAGACCUGACUCCUUAUCAGUUAUUGGCACUGACAGGAGCUACUUGGUUUCGUCCUCCUGUUGGCAAAAGCUUUGAAGGAAUUUCCAGCUGAACAUCCCUUCUGACCGCCUAUAUAUAUCUAUUUGAGGUCUCUCUGAGCGCACUUUCCAAAUCAUGCCGGGGAGUGGAGGUCCAGUUGCGACGUUCUCAGUAUGGGACUACGUUGUGUUCGCCGGCUUGAUUCUUUUUGCUGCAGGCAUUGGCUUGUUCCAAGCCAUCCGUGGACGCAAGCAGACCAGCAGCGAUGAGUUUCUGCUGGGUGGCCGUCAGAUGACCGCCGUGCCUGUGGCUUUGUCCCUCACGGCUAGUUUUAUGUCAGGUAUCACUGUUAUUGGGACUCCCGCAGAGUCGUACUUGUACGGCACACCGUUCUGGCUCUUUGUCUUCUCCUACACCAUCAUGUCCAUCAUCAGCGCUGAAAUCUUCGUGCCUCUGUUUUACCGGCUGAGCAUCACCAGUACAUACGAGUACUUGGAAAUGCGUUACAACAAGUUGAUACGAGUGAUUGGGACCAGCAUGUAUAUUGCUCAAACCGCUUUAUACACAGGCAUGGUUAUCUAUGCUCCUGCACUCGCACUUAAUCAGAUCACUGGUCUGAAUCUAUGGGGAGUGCUUGUGGCAACAGGGGCCGUCUGCAUCAUCUACUGCACCCUGGGAGGACUGAAAGCAGUGAUAUGGACAGAUGUGUUCCAGAUGAUCAUCAUGUUAAGUGGAUUUAUGGCAGUCAUUGCUCGUGGAGCUGUGCUGCAGGGGGGACUUGGAAAUAUCUGGAAUGACAGCUACCAUGGAGGACGUUUGGAAACAUUCAGUUUUGAUCCUGAUCCUUUGAGACGUCAUAGUUUCUGGACAAUCGUCGUUGGCGGCAGUCUGAUGUGGACAUCCAUAUACUCGAUCAACCAGUCACAGGUCCAGCGCUACAUCUCCUGCAAGACAAUGACUCAAGCCAAGCUAUCUCUGUAUAUCAAUAUGGUGGGAUUAUGGGUCACAGUAAGUUUGGCCAUGCUCUCGGGUCUCACCAUGUACUCCAUCUAUAAAGACUGUGAUCCUUUCACCAAUAAAGAUGUAGGAGCCACAGACCAGCUCCUUCCGUAUCUGGUGAUGGACAUACUAGCAGAUUUUCCAGGACUGCCUGGGUUGUUCGUGGCUGCAGCUUACAGUGGAACAUUAAGUACGGUGUCGUCAAGUAUCAAUGCUCUGGUGGCUGUCACAGUGGAGGACUUUAUGAAGCCAGCCUGGCCCUGGCUGACAGAGAGACAGCUGACCUGGAUCAACAUGGGCAUGAGUGUAUUCUAUGGAGGCGUAUGCAUUGGUAUGGCUGGUAUUGCAUCCUUGAUGGGCAACAUACUGCAGGCAGCUUUGUCCAUAUUUGGUAUGAUCAGCGGACCUCUCUUGGGCCUCUAUUUUCUCGGCAUCUUCUUCCGCUGUGUGAACUCCACAGGAGGUUUAGCUGGUUUGAUUUCCGGCCUGGUUAUAACGUUAUGGGUGGGAAUUGGAGCUCAGUUGUAUCCUCCUUUACCUAGUAAGACCCUUCGGCUUCCCUUGAGUGUGGAAGGAUGCAUUGCACCGGAAAUGAAUGAAACCACUACUAUGACACCACUCACCACAAUCCUACAGAACACAACUUCAAAGCCAAGACCAGAUUUGGCAGACAACUGGUAUUCUCUGUCCUACCUUUACUUCUGCCCUGUGGGCAUAAUAGUGACCAUGGUCACAGCACUACUAGUUAGUGCAGUCACAGGUGGCUGUAAGCAGGAGAAAACUCGACCUGAGCUCUUUAUUGGAAAAUCAGAUCUCAUCUGCUAUGGAUGCAGAAACUCAGACUCAGAUGACUUAAUUAAGAAAGACCCCAAAAAUAUCCAGGGACUGGACAGUCCAGUUUUCAGCAGCAAUGAAAUUGCACUGAAAGAGAAAGACUACAAAGAGAAGAUCACUAAGUUUUAGAUGUGAAAAACUAACUGAUUUUUGGUUAUGUUGUAAAUAGUAAAUUAUAACUGUAUUUUUGUAUGUUGAAAUUCAUGAUGACACAUUGAAUCCUUUUAAACCUUCCCAUAAGAAAAGCAAGAAAUUAAUAUUAAACAUGUUUUUUAUGCCAACAGGCUACAUUACACUGUAUAAGUACUGUUCUCAUAAACUUUGUCAAAAUUCUGUGAUUUUAAUAAUCAAGCUGUGAAUAAUUUACACUGGAAUAUUUAGUUUGUUUUGUAUUAAAUCUGAAUUGUUUUGAAAUAAAAUUUGACAAAUGA